AUGCCGGCAAAGCAGGAGCUCGGACGCUCCGCGGCAGAGGUGGCUAUCACUUAUGACUUUGUCAAGGCAAAUGAAGAGUACCUCAAUGAAGGCCACAAGCCGGAGCCAUCUGAUCUGACCCGCGGUCCGCGUUCAUACACCGCGGUGAUCACCUGCAUCGACAGCCGUGCCACCCCGGAGCACUGGUACGACUUGAGGCCGAAUGAGGUCUGGUCACUUAGAAAUGGUGGUGGACGCGCAAACGACCCCGGGCUCCUCCGAUCCUUGAUGAUCCUCCAGGCGACCAGCGAGGUCAAAGAGAUCAGGGUCUUGCACCACAAAAAUUGUGGUUCACUAUACUACAACAACCAAUGGGUCCAUGACUUGGUUCAAAAGAAUUCACCGUCAAGAAGCGGGCAAUACAGCCCCUCUGCGUACCCUCACUGCCAGUCCAUGGGGACUUUGCCUUUCAUCCGUCGAGGUGACAAAGACGAGAAAGAGAUCAUCAUCGAUAGCAUCAAGCAAGAUGUGGAGUUUCUCAGGAGCCACCCACUGGUGAAAGAGCGUGUUAAGGUUACAGGGUUUUAUCAAGAUCUGAGUAAUGGACUGAUAUCUGAGGUAGAUGUUCCCUGA